AUGGCUGCCAAACGAGCGCCCACAGCGUUCUUCAUUUUCUCAGAGGAGCAGAGGGAGGCCACCAGGGCAGAAUGCCAGGCACAAGCAGAGCCCCGUGUUAAGGUGUCCGUGGGGGCUGUAGCCAAGGCCAUCGGGGAGAAGUGGCGUGCCCUGACAGAUGAAGAGAAAGCAUCUUACAAGGAAAAAGUAGCGGAGCGUGCCAAGGCACUGGCCAGCGCAGCAGCAGAUAGCGCUCCUGCUGCAGGUGAGCAGGGAGAGGGUGAGGACCAUGUGGGUGAGGAGCAAGAGAGGGAUCAUCAUGCAGAUGCGCAGCAGAACACGAACCCCUUUGGGUUCCCUCUCUCUCUGAUCAAGCGCAUCAUGUGCCUUGAUCCUGAUGUCACCCGCAUCUCAGGUGAUGGCCUGAAGGCAGUGGCGAAGGCAGCGGAGCUCAUGGUGGAGAUCUUGGGCAGCAGAGCAGCCAAGGAGGCGCUGUCGCAUAAGCGCAAGACCAUCAAGCUUGGUGAUGUUGAGCGGGCAGUGAGAAUGGACCGGAGACUGGUGGAGAUUGGGCUGAAGGAGGUCUUGGCAGAGGACAUGUUCAGAGAGGCAGGGGGCAAGGGGCCAUUGAAGGAGGCAGGGAACAGGGGAAACGUUGGAAGGGACGAGGUCAUGGAGGGUGAUGCACCCCAAGCUGCCAAUGAGGCAAAGGCAGCUGGCAGCAAGAAGAGGGCCAAGGAGGAUGACAAAGUCCGGCACAUAACGGAUUUCUUUGCAAGGUGA